AAAACAAAAUCCCACGUGACUGGCCUUGCGCUCCGACCGUCAUGGCGUCUCCCAGUGGGAAGGGAGCAGUGGAGCUCGACGCUCCUGGCAGUGGGCCCCGGCCCCUGGCCCGGGACCUGGUGGACUCCGUGGACGAUGCGGAGGGGCUGUACGUGGCGGUCGAGCGGUGUCCACUGUGCAAUACCACCCGCCGGCGGCUGACCUGCGCCAAGUGCGUCCAGAGCGGCGAUUUCGUCUACUUCGACAGCCGCGACCAGGAGAGGUUUAUUGACAAGAAGGAAAGGUUAAGCCGACUUAAGAGCAAGCAAGAAGAAUUUCAGAAAGAAGUAUUAAAAGCUAUGGAAGGAAAAUGGAUAACAGAUCAAUUGAGAUGGAAAAUAAUGUCCUGCAAGAUGAGGAUUGAGCAACUGAAACAAACAAUAUGUAAAGGAAAUGAAGAAAUGAAGAAAAAUUCGGAAGGUCUUCUCAAAACCAGGGAAAAGAACCAGAAGCUUCACAGCCGAGCACAACGGCAUCAAGAGAAAAAGGAAAAAAUUCAGAGGCACAAUCGCAAACUUAGUGACCUGGUAGAAAAAAAAACUCUUGACUUACGAAGUCAUUACGAGCGUCUCGCAGACCUCCGGCGAUCCCACAUACUAGAGCUCACCUCUGUCAUCUUCCCAAUUGAAGAAUUAAAGACCGUUGUGAGAGACCCUGCAGAUGGGUCUGCAGAGAGCGAGAGCACCAUGACGUCCAGCACUGUGAGCAAGCUUGCUGAAGCCCGGAGGACAACCUACCUUUCAGGACGGUGGGUCUGGGACGACCACAACGGCGACACCAGCAUUAGCAUCACGGGGCCCUGGAUCAGCCUGCCAAACAAUGGGGACUACUCCGCCUACUACAACUGGGUGGAAGAGAAGAAGACAACACAGGGGCCUGACAUGGAGCAUAAUAACCCUGCCUAUACCAUCAGCGCUGCGCUGUGCUACGCCACUCAGCUGGUCAUCAUUUUGUCUCACAUACUUGAUGUCAAUCUUCCCAAAAAGCUCUGCAACAGUGAAUUUUGUGGAGAAAAUCUCAGCAAACAGAAGUUUACUCGAGCAGUGAAGAAACUGAACACAAACAUCCUUUACCUUUGUUUUUCUCAGCAUGUAAAUUUGGAUCAGUUACAACCACUGCACACCCUCAGGAAUCUCAUGUACCUGGUCAGCUCAAGCUCGGAACACCUGGGCAGGUCUGGACCCUUUGAAGUGCGAGCGGAUCUUGAGGAGUCCAUGGAAUUCGUAGAUCCUGGAGUCGCUGGAGAAUCAGAUGAGAGUGGAGACGAGCACAUAAGCGAUGAAGAAACUGACUUGGGCACAGACUGGGAGAACCUGCCAAGCCCCCGGUUUUGUGACAUCCCCUCCCAGCCUGUGGAAAUUUCCCAGAGCCGGAGCACCCAGGUGUCUCCCCCCAUCGCAAGCAGCAGUGCAGGAGGGAUGAUUUCCUCUGCUGCAGCCUCUGUGACCUCCUGGUUCAAAGCUUACACUGGACACCGUUAAUGGACAUGGGCCAGAUCUCAUCCUGAGAGCUCUCCCUAGUAAACCUUGUCUGUUUAGUUAAGAUAGCACUCGGAACAAGAAAGACUGUUGUUUGCAGCAGAGAGAUGAGCAGUUUUGCGAGUUGGGUGGCUAUGAUUUUGAUCCAUGUGCUUAUGGUAGUAGAGCGGAGGGUGUGAAGGGGCUUCUGCCUGCACCAGCACUGGCGGAAGGGGCUGCACGGGGUCAGGUCUGUUAGGGAGAUGCCCCUGGGCUGUGGUGGCUCCCAGGCCCCGCAGACCCGGAUCGGUGUCAUCUUAGUGAUGCUGAAACUAAGUUACAGAGGUUGGAUGAAUCACAAGGAAGUGAUUCUUGAUGAUUUAAGACAGUAACCGUUUUUCUGCUGUCUUUUUUUGUAGAAAACCAACAGGCAAUUUGAAAAUUUUCAUUUAUUUGGUUUUUAGAAUAAGGAAUUGAGUUGUGUUUGGGAGGGGCUCGUUUUCUGAGGGAAACAGUAAUUUAAAACUCAUUUCACUUGUGCUGCUCUGUUGUAACUCAUCACCUUCCUGGGUUUCUCCCCAGUGCCCGCACACACCAAAGAAGCUAAGGUCUGUUUAUCUGAGGAUACACACAGUGAACGGAAGAAAUCCUAGCUGCAGUAAUGUCUCAGAGAUGUUUAUUUUCUUGUAUUUUGUGGGGAGCUAAGCGCAUAACUCUUACCUAGUUUAUUGAAUCCUACCAUUUACUCUGUGUCCAUUUUGAAUGGAAUUUAUUUUUUAUGAGUGCAAAUAAGUUAUAGAAGCCGGGCGUGGUGGCACAAGCCUGUGAUCCCAGCAC